AUGGCAUUAGAGUUCCGAGCAAAGAACCAACAUCUUAGGACAGGAUGCUUGAAUGUCCUCCUCAGCCUAAUCGACAUGCUGUGCCAGUCACUGCAAGACCUUUCCAUUGAUGAUCUCGUGGGAGCAGACAGUGCACUAACAUACGUGAAAGAUUCGGGUUUUAAGGUGGAUUGGUUGGGGAAAAAACUGGAGGAAGUAAAAGAAAAGAAGAAGGAAGAGUGGUGGUACGCGGAUUCAAGAAUUAGAGGAAGAACUGAAAGACUUGAAGCAGAAGUGCUCAGACAAAGAAACACUUCUAGAGAAAGAGAAGGCAAAGGUGUUAGCCGCCAUUGCUACCCCUCUAACAUUGGAUGA